AGCAUCAUCGUGUUGCAGAAGAGUUACGAGUGCGGGGAAUGCGGCAAGAGCUUCAGCUGCAGCUCCCACUUCAGCAAACACCGGCGGACCCACACCGGUGAGAAACCCUUCCUCUGCCUCCAUUGCGGUAAGAGCUUCAACGUCAGCUCCAACCUCUACCGGCAUCAACGCGCUCACGCCGCCGAACGGCCGUAUAAAUGCGAGGAGUGCGGCAAGAGUUUUCGCCGUAACAAGGAGCUGGUGACCCACCAACGGUUGCAUACCGGUGAGAAGCCCUACCAGUGCCCCGAAUGCGGUAAGCGUUUUAGCCGUAGCUCCCACCUCUACCGGCACCAACGCACCCACGCCGGCGGUCGUUCUUACAUCUGCACCUAUUGCGGGCGUAGUUUUGGUAGCACCCUCCAUUUUGACCGGCACCAACGCACCCACACCGGUCAACGACCCUACAAGUGCACCCUGUGCCGGAAAAGUUUUGGCGAUGGGCCAGCGUUGGUCAAACACCAACGCCUUCAUCUGGGUGAUGGUCCUUUCCGUUGCGAAGAGUGCGGUAAAGCCUUCGGUGCCCGCGCCCAAUACGCCCGGCAUCGGCGUAGCCUCCACGGCGGCGGUGAGAAACCGUACCGUUGCGGUGAUUGCGGGAAGAGUUUUUCUUGGAGCUCCCAUUGGGAACGACACCAACGUAUCCAUACCGGUGAACGACCCUACCAAUGUGGAGACUGCGGCAAACGUUUCGGCCGGACCUCCCAUCUCUACCGGCAUCAACGUACCCACGCCGGCGGGCAACCCCACAUCUGUGCCGAUUGUGGGAAGAGCUUCAACAGCACCCUACACUUCCAUAAGCACCAACGGGCUCAUGCCGGUCCCCGGCACGCCUGUCCCGAUUGCGGCAAGGCGUUUGCCGACGGUUCGGCAUUGGCUAAGCACCGGCGGGCGCACGCCGGCGAGAAGCCUUUCCCUUGCCCGCAGUGCGGCCGGCGUUUCGGGGUCAGCUCCCAUCUUCACCGUCAUCUCCGUAGCCAUGGUGAGGAGGAGCCACCCGAGGAGCCACCGGAUGAGCUCACGCCCUGUUAA